AUGUCAACGGAUUCGGUUGUCUGAAUUGAAAAUGUCUGCCAGUUGCUGUGCAAUCUGGAACACGCCAUAUCAGUUGUACAAAUCUGUGGAUGUUGUGACCUAUUGAAGAUCAUACAAGUCGUCUGGUAGAUAUGAAAACCGUGUACAAAUGAAACAAUUACUCCACAGAUAAACUGUAUGAUACAUUUAUAUACACACACUCAACAGAUAAAAGUUAUAUACACGUGCACAACAGAUACAACAUUUAUAUACACAAAACGAAGAAAAGCAAAUUAUAUUUUAUGGAUUAAAAGUAUAUACAAGAAAGUAACUCGAAAUAAAUUGAAAAGAGUACGAAAAAACAAGGACAAAGAGUAAAAAUUGCAAGGCAAAGGGAGUACACUAAAAAAAGGAAGGAUGUCUUCAACUGUUAUAUUUGCCCGAAACAGCAAUAACAACAACAACAAUGCCGAACAGAAGACAAGUCUGUUGCGGACCGGAAGUGAUAGUAGUUAUGGGGCAGAUGACUACGACCAGGACUGUUACUCAGACGAAGAUGUUUUCGUCGAUGAAUGCAACGAAGACAAUGCUUCCCUUUCAAAACCAUUGAUGCACGCCCGUUCUCGGUCGCGGGUCCGUCCUUGCUCUCGCUCCAAAGUGACCACACGCCGUCCACCCUGUCGAUGUAGAUAUUUAGUUCGUCCCAUCUGCUGUUUCCUACUUCUGGUCAGUACUCUAAGUACGUUAAUGGUACUCGUCCUGUAUAUGGUGGGUUCCUUCUCCGGUGAUUCCGACAAUCUGAAGAAGAAUGGUAAGGGAAGCUGGCAGUCGACGUCUGGUCAGUGGUCUUCUGCAAGUGACUAUGGUUAUCUGCCGUUUGACAAGAACGUUAUUGGUUGUUCCAAUGUUGAAGUGGAAGAUGUGUGGGUGGUGGGUUUACCAAAACUCACCACCGAAUCAGCGAUCCGGUUGGUUGACGUGAACUCCGACGGAGAGUUGGAUAUCAUCUUCGGAUUCGGAACAGGUGUUGAUGGCAAGAAUAUUCCGGAAGUAGUGUGUAAAAUCUACUUCAACAAUACGUUCCCAUGUUUCGGGGGUGUGAUGGCUUUGGAAGGACGAACGGGCAAGGAGCUCUGGAGACACUACAGUAACCAUGAGGUGUAUGGUUUAAACUGUAACUCAGAUUUAAAUGGGGACAAUGUCCCCGAUUGUUUGGCUGGUGGUCGCGCCGGGGUGUUCCAGGUGAUCAGCGGUCGAGACGGAACCCUAAUUUGGGACUUUGGCCAUCAAAAGGCCAAAAACGGGAUAAUGAACCUCUACACGGCCCAGUUCAUUCGGGACCUCGAUGGUGAUGGGGUUUUAGAUGUUCUGGCUGUCCACGGCGGUGACCCUUUGCAGCAGCCGAACAGUGUCUACCGGUUGCCUGGUCGUAUCGUGAUAUUCAGUGGGAAAGCUGGUAAUGUGCUGCGUUGGGUUGGAGUACCCGAUAAAAGGGAGUCGUAUUACUCACCCCAAGUAUAUAUGUUACCUGGCGGCACAGAAAUGGUUAUCUUCGGCACUGGCGGAGAGACUCACCCUGGCUCUCUCUGGAGGAUAUCAUUGUCUGAUCUCUAUGCAGGGAAAAUUGAGCGAGCACAGAAAAUCUACGGAGACGAUAGUAAAGGUGUGAUGACGCCACCUGUUCUCUUAGAUCUAACGGGAGAUGGCGUCGAAGACAUUGUGGUUCCACUGUUCAAUUCUACAGUCUUGGCAAUAGAUGGUCUUACCAUGGCCGUUCUAUGGAAUUAUUCCUUCCCGUCAUCAGAAUCAUACAA